AUGUGUUGUCAUCAAAAGCUUGUGUCCAUAUUUCUUCAGUCAGUAUUUGAGAAACAGAAAUGGUGUGACUAUGAAAGGACAAGACACCGACCAAGGAUAUCGCCAAGUAGGCCGACAUGCGUUUAUUUUCCCACGUGAGAAUGGCAAAGGAGAAUCGUCCACUACGACAAUCAUUGCAUCGCCAGUUCCAGCUGACAAAGAACACGAUUUGCCAAAGGAGUUUACGAAUUACAUGCGCGCGCUAUUUGGAAUUUUGGACGAGCACAACACAGGAUAUGUGAAGUUAGCCGACAUCCAGUCUUACUUGGAUGUUAAAGAGGGUCAAGGCGGCUUACCAGCGGGUAUUUUAGAGAGUUUAUAUAAAGUUACGCCGAGAAAUGGACUCCUGGAUUUUGAGAGUCUGUGUAAUGGUUUUAAGCUUGCAAUCCGUUCGCGACGCUCCAAGCCGAUAUCGCCGACGACUCGAAAAUCUCAUUCUAUGACUAAUCUAAAUGAAUAUAAAGACUGGACUUCAGAUUCUAGCGAGGACUCUUUUAGGAUCAGAGAUGGGAGUGAACGCUCUGACCUUGUUGAUAAGUGGAGAAGAUGGCGUGGUGAAUCGUUGACGGACGUUCGAGACGCACCGUCCGGAAUGUCUUCUCCAGGGAUGGGCCAGAGACGAAACUCAACCACAAAAGUGUAUUUUGUUGGCAAUGAAGAACAGGAGAGAGUGUCAUCAACAUCUGGAAGUGAGAAAGACUUCGAGGGUUUGAAGGGUGGAAGUAGUGAUGUCAGUGAAAAAUUUGACAAGGACAGUAGGCUCAAGCAAAUUGCAGAGGAACAUGACAUAUUGAGGAGUGGAAUGGAAGUGAUUGAGAGAGCUAGGAAAUGGUACUUCAAGAGAAUCACAGCUGUACAGGAAGAGAAGCUGCAUUUGGAACAGCCAGACUGCAAACUCUCCCUAGAACAGAUGCAGUAUGAGAUGCUUUUGCACAAGACUCGAAGGGCUGAGUUGAAACUUGAUGCAAGAACAUUUGCUAACUACAAGUCCAACAUCUUACAUCUGAACGAAUAUCUCUCUAAAGUACUGGAGAGUCCCCUCAAGAAACAUGGGCAAAUUGAUUUCGCGGCACAAGUGGAGAGUACCAAGCAAGAAAUCACAGCUCUCAAACAACAACUCGAAGAGAAAGAACAGCAAAUUGCACAGCUUGAAAAAGAGAAGACAGCACUUAUCAAAGACUUGUUCAUUGCUAAAAGCGAACCAGUAAAACCGGUUAAACCAGCUAAACCAGUCAAGGCAGUUAGUAGUUUAAAAGUUUCACUUCGCUGAGCCUCGCCCCUCACAACCGAGCGAACCGCGAGUGUGGUUUAUUAGCAGAGCGAACUAUCGACGGAAUACGAAGGCUAACAAACAGCGGAUGUGCGAUUUUCUAGCCCACCCACGAAUUCACCGUGCACAGCCGAGCGAAGCACGAAUACACCGCGAUAGCUGAGCAGAGAACGAACACACCUCGAUAUCCGAGUGAAGCACGGGCACAUCUCGAUAGCCGAGUAAAGCACGAUCGCACCCCGAUAGCCGAGAACGAAUACUCCGCGAUAGACGAGUGAAGCACGUAUGCAACUCAAUAGCCGAGCGAUGCACGAAUACACCGCGAUAGCCGAGCGAAGCACGAAUACUACGCGAUGGCCGAACGAAGCACAAAUAGACCACGAUAGACGAGUGAAGCACGAAUACAACGCGAUAGCACGAACACACCGCGAUAGCCAAACGACAUAUUUUUCCUACACAGUCUUGGACAACGUGACGUCAGGGAAUCCUAUGAUCACACAGUAACGAUGAUUUUUUUUAUUAGUUGAAUCCAGGGGGUUCAUUAAUGAAAUACGAAGUAUGAAGCCGUACAUUCUUAAUUUGUACUAAAGUAUUUUUGCCUAUGAUUAAAACAGUCUCAUGAAACGGGUAGAAUUGAUGAAACAGAAAAAUCGAAAAUUAUUCCCUUUGUAAAAAUCCAAAGCGUGUGUCCUCAUAACAUACACAUAUCGUAAACCCUUUUCGUGAGCAGAAUAGAAACAAAGUAUUUAUGAUUAGGAUCUAAGUGAUAAAAUGUUGAGUUUACAAGAUCUUUAUAUUGUACAUAUAAAUUGUGCUUUAAUUUAUGAUUGCAUACCUUUUUAUAGAAAUUGAAGAGAAUAAAUAAAUAUACAUUUUUAUAGAAAAAA